AUGGCUGAAAAGACCCAUGCAGGAUUUGCAGUUGCAAAAGCCAUAGCCGAAAACCUCCUUUGGCGGUAUUGGCAAGGCAUGGAAGAUGAUGAUCUUCCAUCUCGGCCUGCCCAGCAUCUGUGUCCUCAGCAACAUGGUCUCAAUAUUGAUGAUCCCUGCCAGUUGAAUGGAACUGAUGCUGUCCUGAGUUGA